CUCGCCUUCCUGUUUCUGCAGGGGCAUUGUGGGAUAUCAGUCAGUAGAGUCCUCCCGAGUUUGACUGAAGGAAAUGGCAACCAACAUUGAACAGAUUUUUCGGGAUUUUGUAAUGAAUAAAAUAAAAGAAAUAGAAGAUGAAAGCCAGGAUAAGAGCCAUACAGACCAGGUGGAAUCUAAUAAUGGGGAGUUGCACUCUGACCAAGGGACAGGAAUAAAUAAAGAAGCACCUCAGGUUGACGCACUGAGCCUAGCCACAGAUAAAGUCUCAAACGCUACAUGCCAGGGCAACAGUGGCAAAGAAGAAUUUAAUACUAAACACAAGAAAUCUAAAAAGCACAAAAAACACAAAAGCAAAAAGAAGAAGAAGAAACAUAAGGAAGUAAAGGAGAGCAGCUCAGAAUCAGAGUCUGGUGGAGAGACACAAGAAAGUGUAAAGAAAAAGAAGAGGAAGAAAAAGAAGAAACAUAAACAGGGAGAAAAAGGGAAAAAGUUUGAUUCACAGUCUGGUAGCUCUUCUGAAUCUGAAUCUGAGUCUGAGUCUGAAAUGAAACCUUUAGGUGUGACUGCUAAAACCUUAACUGGGAAGAUGCCUCAAGAUUUACCUGACAUAAUUCCUAAGCUUGAGACUGCUUCUGAAAAACACAAAGAAAGUAAAAAAGCCAAAAGAAGCUCUAGUCGCACAAGGACCUCCCAGCAAGACAAGAGUUUGAGAAGGCAGCGCUCCCGUUCCAGCUCAGGCAAACAGAAAACAAGACAUAGAUCCAGGUCCCGUUCAGCGAGACGAUCUCCGAGAUCAAGGUCUAAAUCACUUUCAAGGAAAAGUCCAAGAAGAGAGUCUACACAGAAAAGAUGGAGAAGUAGAUCCAGGUCACAUUCAAGAUCACAACGACGUAACAGACGGUCCAGAUCUUAUUCAGCCAGAAGAGGAAGACAUUCACGAUCCAGGUCGCGGUCUAGACAAAAUAGAUCAAGGUCUAAUGUAAGGAAGAGCAGGAGAUCUCGGUCAAAAAGUAGGUCUCGUUCACAUCAUUCCAGACGGUCUAGGUCUCGGGGACGGAACAGGCAUUCUACGUCAAGUUCCCGGUCAAAAUCCAGAUCUUUUUCAAGCGAUAAGCAUCCUGAGAGUGAGAGACAAAAGAACAGAACAGCUGCAGAAAUAAAGCAUGAUGAUAGCGUUCUAAACAAAAAUCUAAAUGAAGCAGAAAAUGGAGACAAAGAAAAAAGUCAGACUGUGCCAGUGAACCCCUCUGCCAGUAUUAUUAAAGAUGGUGUUAUAAAUGAUGGGCCAGUUAAUAAACUUGCAGGCUCAUGGAAACCGAUUCCUUUCUUGGAUGCAGGUGUGUCUGUUUCUGGCUCCUCUGAGACCAACCCUACAGUGAAGUGCAUUACACCCACAAUGCCUUUGGAUAUGAAAGAUGUUUCAGCAUAUACCUCAGGUGGGUCUGGAGACCUUCUCAGCACUGAAAAGGAAGAAGACAUUUCUAGUGCUGAACUGAAAGACUCCCAAAUAUUUAAACAGAAGUCCGUAUCACCAAAUCAAAGGCACUCAAAAUCACCUUCAAGAAAAAGAUCAACAUCUAGUUCUCCUUUUAAACGAAGGAAGUCCAGAUCAUCCUCUAGGAACAGCAGGACGUCUCCUUUGCAAAGGAAAAGAUCUAAGUCCAGAAAACGGUCUAGGCGUUCUAAAUCCAAGUCGCCCAAAAGGAAAAGGUCAAAGUCCCAUUCGCCAGGACGCCGGAGAAGAUCUAGGACCUCGGAUAGAAAGCGAUCAAAAUCAAGACACAGGUCUCGCUCUAAAUCCAGAAGGUCUAGGUCUGGCUCACGCCGGAAAAGAGGUGGUUUCAGGAAUCGAAUGUUUAGUCAGCGGGAUCGGUGGAAACGAGAACCGAGCCAUUCUCCUGUUGUCAUUCUGCGGAAGAAAAGGUCGACCUCUCGAACUCGCCGUAGUUCUAGCAAGACACCUCCGCGCCUUACUGAGCUUGAUAAAGAACAGUUGCUUGAAAUUGCCAAGGCAAAUGCUGCAGCUAUGUGUGCUAAAGCUGGUAUGCCAAUUCCAGAGAGUCUGAGGCCAAAAACCAUCCUUCAGUUGCCCUUGCCAGCCCCAAAUCCCACGCCAUUGUCCUUACCCCUGCCCCUACCUGUUAAUCUCCCCAUGGGAAUACAAGGGAUGUCAAACAUGACCAUGAAUGCUGCUGUGGCUAGCAUGACUGCUGCCACCAUGACCGCAGCUCUGUCUGGCAUGAACGCACUUGCUGCCGUGCCACAGUUGGCCCCCUUGCCCACAAUAACCAACAAGCCUCCACCCUCAGCAACACCAAAUCUGAAUCUGGUCACUAUCGAGGAAGCGAAAAAAAAAUUGGCAAAGCAAGCAAACAGCUACAGCAUCAAGGAGCUCACAGAAAAAUGCAAAAAGAUUGCAGAGAGUAAAGAGGAGAUGGCUAUUGCAAAGCCACAUGUUUCAGAUGAUGAGGAAGAUGACAGGCCCUUCGGGGGAGUUGCCCUUAAGGAGAAUAAGGGCAUUACAUUCAGUCUCACUAACCCCUCUGUGAAGCCAGCAGUAAGGUCUGAGGCUGCUUUUGCCAAGGAGUUCCCGGUGUCUUCAGGUUCACAGCACCGCAAAAAGGAGGAAGAUGGAGUGUAUGGAGAAUGGAUGCCUGUGGACAAAAAGACUGAUAAAGCAGGGGCUCCGUCAGCAUCUGCUGGGGCGGAGGAUCAGAGCAAAGCCAGUGACAGUGUUUUCCCUGAGGCACCCUCACAGCCAGUGGAUAUCACACUUGCAAUUAGUGAAAGGGCAGUGGCACAGAAGAGACUGGCAGAGAAUCCCUUUGACAUCAAUGCCAUGUGCAUGCUUAAUCGUGCACAGGAGCAGGUGGAUGCUUGGGCCCAGUCCAACACAAUCCCAGGUCUAUUCACUGGUUCUACAGGUGCUCAGGUGCUCUCAUCUGAAGAGCUGUCCAACAGUGGCCCACAGGCUUGGAUCAAGAAGUCUUGUAGAUAUACAGCCAUCAUUGCUGCCCCAGCACACUUGGGAAACAUUUAAUACCAUUUCCACCGACACAUUGCCGGUUCUGGUGCCAGGGCUGUGGCUGCUUCAAUACCCAACUCUAAUGUAAAAUAUUUUUCAUGUCUGUUUUCUUAGUACUGGAACACACAACCUCUUCCAACAAAGUAGUAAUUAAAUUGGAUAUGUAUAGUAUAUUUCUUUGUGGAGUGGGUACACCUUUCCACCAGGGUCAUGCAGAUUUUUUUUGUCUGUGUGUGUGAAAUUCUGUUGUAGCAGGUGCAUUGCAAGAGGGGCAUCACACCUCAGUGAUUGACUAUAGACUACUUAGUAAGUUUUCUUUGAAAGAUGGGAGGAAGGAAGAGCACCUGAAGUAAGUCACCUGGAGCAAUCCUGUUAAAUGAGAUUGAACUCAAAAUUGAUUAUAUGAUGGAUAAAGGAGUGAACUUCCAAUAGGAGUGGAAGGGUAGUUUACCAGGAAAUCCUGGUAACAGCAACAACAAUCUGUUGUAGUUUGAGUAGAAGCUCUAUAAUAGACUAAUGCACUAUGAACCAACACAUAUGGAAUUAUUCGGUGACCAAGAAGUUAAAUCAAAACUAUUUAUUUAUCUGAAAGCUUCACCCAGGAGGCUUUUCUUUACUUCCCAAGUAGGCCGAGCUCCUCACUAGGGCCUUUCGCACCGCGAAAAUCUUGUCAUAGUACCUGAACUAAUUGUGGAACUACCCACUUUUUGGCGUUUUCGCACCUCCGGAACUGGGUGCAAUUUUAGUACCAGACUGCCUUUUUUGAGAACCAAAUUAACUCCUACUCUGGAGCAGGGUCUAACCAGCACAACUGGUACUAUCCAUGACGUAAGUAGACGUUGAUUGGCCAAACGCGUACGAAAACGCCCUCACCCGCCAUGAUUUAAAACGCAGUGUAAACAUACUGUAGUGUCAACUUAUUUUGCUUUACGUAUACGUCGGCAUUCCAUGUCUAUUAUUGUGAAACCCGCGAGACACAACAAAAACACAGUUCCGAUCACAGCGUCCUCCAUCCUCCGGUUGUUUAGGUUGUUCUUCUUUGUUUCCGUUGUUGAACGCCGCCCACAAAUGACUGCUUAUAUCACUUCCUAGUGCCCACUGUCGGUGCGAGUGCAACCCUUUAAAUGGUACUGGGAAAUAGUUCGCGCAAAAUCGCCCAGUACUUUAGAACUGUAAAUUUAGUUCUGGGACUAAAGCGGUGCGAAAGACCCUACUGCUUCACCAAUGUCCUAAAUGAAAACUACUUAAUUGUGAAAGCUAAUUACUUAAAUUAUACCAGGAAAAAAUACAUUUUGAACUAGAAAUUAAUUUAUAUUUAAUUCUAACUUCACUAUUACCAUUUGUUUUAGAAAGAGAUUUCAACAGUGUGUGUGUAGAAAUAACAUUCCUUGUCAAAGCCAUAGCAUUUACACACCCAAAGAGAAAGACAGAGCAGUCUGUUCCAUCAGUGGUGUGCUUCUGACAUGGCCAACUUCACUCAGUUACAAACGUAGACUGUAAUUAUGAGUUACUGAACAGAAAGUUCCUUUAAAAAAUUAUUAUACGUUUGUGGUAUUGCUCUCUAUAGCAUUUGACCAACCCUUCAUUUUGUAAAGGGGAUCUGCAAAAAAUUGUUCAAGUAGGUGAUCAAUAAACAAACUGGACAAAAUUUAAUCUAAUUUUAUUGAGAAUGACCAUCAUGUGAAGGUUUUUUUUUUUUUUUUUUUUUUUUUUUUUUUUUGGCUUUUCCUUUUUUGUCUUUUUUGGUUUUAGAUGCAAUUUAUAUAGCAUUUAUCAUCCAUUGUGAGUAUCUCAGUUUCUGGGUUUAAGGAUUUUCACAAGGUGUUUCACUAUUUACUAUUUUUCCCUGCUGGCGGGGUUUGGGGUGGGGGGCAGGGGCGGAAGAGGGGUGGGGGUUCACAGUGUGCCCUGUGAACUCUCACCACUCUAUAUGGAAACUUGUUGCAGGGUCAGUCCUUGUAGCUGCCUUGUUGCCAUGGUCACUGUCAGGCCCCUUCUAUUCACGUCAGAUGCACAGCCGAUGAUGAGGGCCUAGGUACGUACGUCAUACAGCACCCAUAUUUCUAUUCAUGUGGAUUUGUCUCCACUCUAAUGAAAACGUUUCUGCCAUGCCUGUGUGUGUUUCAACUGAACUGGUGGGGUGGUAAGGUUGGUUUUGAUUCCUCUGUCACAGGAAACAAUGACAUUUUUUAUAUAUUUAUAUGACUUUUGUAGCAUGAUAAUUUGUAGUCUUUUGUUUAAACUAUGCUUAUGCAAUUAGGACCUGGUAAGAUAAAACAUUCACUUUAAAAUAUAGCUUUGGGAAUGCUGCUUUUUCAGAUCAUUCUUAAAAUCUAGAUGUAAGGUUUUUUCUUUUAUUAUUUGAGAUUUUGCUGAUAUCUUUAGGUAACCCCAUGGAUCCAGAAGAUAGCUAGUACAGUUGAGUGGUCCUUAGUUUCAGUGCAGCUCAAGUCCAUUCUUGAUCUGUGACCUCUUACUAUUUCCUUUGUGCUUCUUUCUCUCCCUGUCUUUUCUCUCUCUCACUUUCUCGCUCUUUCUCUCUCUGUCUCCCUGUCUCUCUCUCUCUCUCUCUUUCUCUCUCCACUCCUUCCCUCCGUCUUCUGCCCAUAUCUGUAUGCCUUUCAACCAGGACCAAUUCCUGCGUGCUGCCCCAGUCUCGGGAGGCAUGGGAGAGCUGUUGAUGAAAAAGAUGGGUUGGCGUGCUGGAGAAGGCCUUGGCAAACACAGAGAAGGCACAGUGGAACCCAUUGUAAUAGACUUCAAAAC